CUUCGACAAUCGCGUCUGUAAUGGCCGUUUUUUCCGCAUUUAAAGCAUUGGGGGAUCAAACUUCGAUUUUGUCGCGAAUUAGCUGAUUCGAACUUAUUCUUAUUAUACAAGUAAUUUGAUUUUGUCGGUCCAAGUAAUUUUUCUUCGGCGCUUGCACUCGUUAUCUCUUGGAGCGUUGUAUAUCUUUGGGCGCGUACGUGCACCUUGAGUUUGUCGUGAAGUCCGAUUUGAAAAUUUAUUAAUGCUUGUUUCUUAAUUGUUUCGUGAAUCGUGCGCUUUGAGUGUGCGGAGUGUUCUUCCCCUUCGAUCAUAGAAUCGUAUAAUUUUAUUGCUAGUAAAUCAACUCAUCCAAACGCGUGCGCGGUUUCAUUUAAUUUUUGCUUUAAUGAAUUAAAUUCGAUUUGUAGAUAUGUGGUACUUUGUUUAGUCUGGUAACAAGUCUCGAGUUGAUGCUUUAAUUCUUCGAACGUUUGUAUAUCUCGCGUUUCGAAAUCCUGCAUGGUUUUUCCUUUUAGUUUGGUAUAUAAGAUUGCUUGCAUUAGCGAUUCUUCGUCUGCGGGAUUUAUGUUUCAGACGGCGUACGUGCAGGCAUUUAAAAAUUCUUGUAAUUUAUGUCGCGACGUCCCGUCAAAUUUGGGGAUCAUCGUCCUUGCUUCUUUUAACGUAAUAAGAUGGCUCGCAUGGUCGCUCGCAGAUACUGCUAUACUUCGCUCGGCGGUUGGUACGACUGACGGCUCGGGGCUCGUUGUACGGGAUCGUUGCUCGAGAACGAUGCGUUGUCUGUUGAGGUGUCGUGGAUCUGCGCUGGUCCUUGGACGCUGGAGAUCCUAUUCAGAUCUUCUCGGCUGUUCCUUACGGUCCUGUGGCGAUCCCACCGCUGCCACCAAUUUGUUGUGCCUCGCGGGGAGGCACUGGAAAUUUGGGAUUUCGCCACCAAGGGAUUAGGAGCCGAGGACCGGGUCGGGAGCCGGUGUAUUGAAAGUUCUAUGACUUUUCGUACAAAUAAAUCAGUUUUAUUCUUAUAUAUUGAAUCACUUUCUUUUCGUUCCCCUUCACAGUUGUGCGGUGUAGGGUUACGUCGGUGCGAAUCGGAUAUCGCGGUCACGGUUGCAAGAUCAGCUGUGGCUUCGUUCGCGUAAUAGUUCGAGUCGCGACUAGACUUGAGUUGAUCGCGGUAACUGUUCGAUAUUAAUCGGUGAUAAAACUGCCCAAUAUGAUUUGAUAGUAAUGAUUGUCCGAAAUGAAUUGAUAGUUACGACUGCCCUAUAUGAAUUGAUUGGAAUGACUCCCCGCCGCGUAUUCGCGGUGGUAUCUUUUAUUGCCUCCUGUUUGGCUGAUUUUUUGGAGGGGAUCACUUACACGACCAUAUGUGGUUGUGUCGCUCGAAUCGUUAGGUCGAAAAUGCAAUUUGAGAUCGUCCGAAAUUCCUUGCAUUUCCGGGUGAUUCGAUUCUUUUCGCAAUCGCUUAGCCUCGGCGCGUGGCUUGCUUCGUCAGCGUUUCAUACAGCGCUGGUAAUCUUACACGCCUUUCGCAAUAUCUUGUUACUCGUGUUAAGAAAUAUCUCUUUAAGCUAUUUAAUAUUAAUAAUAAUUCGGUUAUAGCUAUUUGGGCUAUAACAUCGUCUUGCAAAUGCAGCGUGUUGCAUCGUUGCGCGCUUGCACCACAUUACAUCUUCGGAAACACAUUCAUCGAUAACGUUAUAUUUUAUUUCUUUUUUUCUGUAAGGACAUUCUUUCUUGCGAUAGAACUGUUUAUGAUUCAUAGAAUCACUAUCUCACAAUGAGCUCGAUUUUUGCGCGUUUUAUCGAUCAUCAUCGUUUACUUUGCAUCGACUGCUGUGCCAAUGUUACAAGACAUACAAUAUCUAAUUCACACAUGGGUUUGGCAGUGUAUUUGCAGAAGAUAGGACUUGUGUUGUAAUUACUUAUUGAUUUUUUUAAUGAUACAAAUAGAUAUCGUAAUAUGUAAGUGUUUUCCAGUAAUAUUAUAUAGA